AUAAGAUUAUACAUUUAUAUAUUCACCUUCUCUUUACCUUACGCGGGUUUUUCCUUUAUAGAAUAAAUCAGUUAGGCAUAGUUGAAAAGGAAAAAGAUGAGUUUAAAGUAGAGAUUAGCCAAGCAAAGGAUUAUGCGGAAAAAGAAGUUCAUUCACUCAAACAAGAGAUGGAAAUGACGCGUGCUCGACAUGAAAUUGAUAUUAAGUGUGUCGAAGCAAAAUUUCGUGAGGACCAUUAUAUACUACAGAAUGAUUUUCACAAAGAACGCUGUCAGUUUGAAGCCAAAUUGCGUGAAGAACGUAUUCGGUUAGAAUCAGAAUACCGUGAGGAACGUACUCAUCGUUCACGUCUAGAAGACGAAUGUCGGGACGAAAUAUCAAAGCGCUUUAGAAUUGAAAUUGAAUUGAGAAGUUCUGAACAAAAAAUAGAAGAAUUAUCCAAGACUAACGAUAAAAAUAAUAUAAGGAUUGCACAAUUAGAAUCUCAAUUAAACGAAAUAGAUCGCCGUCAAACGGACAUUUCUACUGUCGCUGUUGGAACAGCUGAUAUCCUGGAGCUGGAUCUUCAAAUUGAGCAUAAAAAAAUUGUUUCUGAACUUAGUCAAGAAAGCUUUGAUGAUAAAAAGAGAAUUGAAGAAUUAAUAUCUGAGCUGGAGACUUGGAAAUCAAGGGCUAGUUCAUUUGAAUCACAACUGACUUCAUUGAAAUUAAAAUAUGACGAGUUGCAAAACGAACACAGCAGAUCCCUUGUGGAGAUUAGUAACAAUUAUCUGCAGAACAAAGAAGCAGUGAAUAAAGCGCUUAAACUCGCUGCUAACGAUUACCAGGAAACAGUUAAGAGAAUUAAUAUAGAACAUGAAAGUGAGAUUCGUAAACGUGAUUGUAAAAUUCGUGAAGCGGAAACAAAAGAGGCUUUUUUAACAGAAGAAAAUCAAGCGUUAAAAUCCAAGCUAUCCGAAAUGGAAAAUCAUAAUAAAUCUUUACAAUGCCAAUUAAAUAAAGUAAACUUAGAAAGUAGUGACUCAGUAAUAUCUAAACUUUCUCCGCCCGGAGAAUGUGGAAAUUCGAGAAUUACCCAAGAAAACUCAGAGAUUUUAAAAAAUGAACAACAUUAUCAAUUUGCUCGUAGACUUUUAACAUUAACCGAAAUUGAUGCAAUGAUCUUGGAAUCAACAUCGGGGAGAUUCACUAAUGUAGAUACAAAAGUUAAUGAUGUUCGAAAAACAGAGGAACUUAAUAAUACUUUAAUGUUACAAGAAACCGAACACGUUUCCCAAAAUGUUAUAAUUCAAUCAGGACAAACUAAUAAUGAUUUAUUUGAUUCUUGUCAAAAUUCUAAUAAUAUGAGAGAUAUAGAUGACUGGUUAUCACCUGGUACUAAAUUGAGGUCAAAACGACGAAAGAGAGAUUAUCCGGAAAGUGGGAAUAAGCCUGAACCAAUUGAACGAUUUCCUGUUCAAGCAAAAAAUGUUUCUAUGAAUGUUGAUGUGAAAGAAGAAUCGAAGUUAGAGGCAAGCUUCCGAUUCAGAAGUAAAUCGAAGGUUGGACGUCGAUUUACAACCGGAAGAGCUAAUGGAAGAGAGUAAAUAUGGCAUUGAUGAAUAUAUUGUGGUGUAUCUUUCUAAUCAUAUAAUUGAAAGAUUAUAACAAUAUCUGUAUAAAACAAAUGACAAAAAAAACUUUUAUCUAAUUGAUCAUAAUUAAUAACGAUUAGGAAAUUUCGUAUACUUUGCAUAGGUGUACAUCAUAAAUAAUAAUAUA